AUGCGGUGGGCGGGUGGAAGCCUGAGGUCGCCCCCGGAGCCCACAUACCGCGACGUCAGGCUGUGGGAGGACAACUUGCCACAGCAUAACCUAUCCCUGCCUUAUCCGGAAGGAGAAAACGGGCGCUAUGUCAAGUUCUCGACACAGGUCGCGGGUUUGGGAUGGAACAACGUCCUCAACGAGCUACUACUAUGCGCGCAUCUAGCGUAUGACUCCGGUCGGGCUUACGUCUUCCAAGAAUAUAAAUGGGCUGCCGAGCAUUAUCCUUGGCCGGUCCGCGUCUGGCCAUGGCAGGGCGGUCCGAGCAAACCGCGCACGCCGCUGAACGCGCUCGUUUCCGGUCCCACCGCGGGCGGGAACUGGGACGACGGGGAUGAAGCGCCUCGGUCCGUCAGCGACAGGUGGUGGAAUACCGUAUGCGCAGACCCGGAUGACGUCGAGAUCAUCUGGUCGGAUGACGCAAAGAAGGGCAUGCGGGACGUGCCCGGGGACGAGGUAUUCCGCCACUGGUCUUCGCUUUUGCGUCGGUCCACGAAGAAGUGCGUCGAAGUCAAGGAAGGGCCGUCAGGGGACGAUGGGACGCCCCAGGUGUUUGACCUUUGGAUACUGGGCUCGAAGCGCAUAUUGCCGCUCUGGGACAUGUUCAAAGAUUCACCCACGUCCCGGCUGCUCUCCGUGUCGCCCAUCGUCGCGUCCGCCGUCGCGCGCAAUGAACACCUCUUCCUCCCGCGGGGUGCCAGCGCCCGGCGCGGAUCCCCCAAUCCCUACGACCGCAUGAUGGCCCUCCACAUGCGUCGCGGGGACUACGUCGGCCAGUGCCGCCAUUUUGCUAGGUACGGCUCGAGCUUCUAUGGUUGGAAUCAGCUGCCGUUCUUGCCCGACCGGUUUGAAGUUCCGUCUGGCGGGGAGACGCCGGAGAGGACGGAUAUUUACAUGCGGAGGUGCUGGCCGACGCUGGAGCAAACGCUAGAGAAGGUGCGCGAGGCGAGGGACGCGUAUAUUCGGGAGCACGAUCCCGCAUUGGGUUCUACCACGGUGCUCGACGUCGUGCACGUUUUGUCUGAUGGCGACGAAGAGUGGCUUAGGGCGCUCGAAAGAGGCUUGCGUGACAGUGGGUGGGGAACGGUGGUCACUUCCAAGGACCUCGCGUUGGACAGCGAGCAGACCGGCGUCGGCAUGACCGUGGACAUGGAGAUCGCGCGCAAGGCCGCAGUGUUUAUCGGCAAUGGGUGGUCAUCCUUCACCAGUAACAUCAUCCACCGAAGACUAGUGGAUGGGAGGGAGAACAUCUCCAACCGUUUUUGGUAG